AUGGUUGUCUCUUACUCUCCGCACAGCGACGCGGGCGGCACUCUUCAUCUGUCGCCAACUCACAUACAUGAUGUCGAUCCCACCGCUGCGCUUCGUCAACUGCGUCGCUCGCUCUCGCGGUCGCCGUCCAAAGUUUCAGCUUUCCGCCUCGUUACAUCAAAAUCGACCUCUCCAGCUCCAAGAUCUCCACUUUCACCGCCACGCGAAGCGAUGCAAACUCGAGCCAUCUCGGAAAGUUUGCUACUUCCAUCCACAACAACCACACCUCAAGUUCAAAGCGCGCGAAAGGCGCGCCCUCCCAGUCGCAAAUUGAGUCCUUUGCGCCACUCGCCGCGCCCAAGUAGCACACCGCGCAGCCCUCGAAAGAGGACCCUACAAGAGUCUACAAGCCAAGGGAACGCCACCCCGAGAUCUUCGCCCGACUAUAGCGACGAUCAAGAAAAUCGGCUUGCUCAACCUAGUGCCCCGAGCACCGACCACACAUUUGACGCAACGUUCAAAGUGACUGCUCCAUUAGGACAAAGUAGUCCUUUUCCUCCACCGCGCCCGACAGCACGAUUCGAGAAGGAGCAGAAUAGUUGGGGUGCGAAAUCUAGUCCUUUGAAGAGGAGUGAUGGCAUUAUGAACUUUGACCAAGGAAACAUUGGUAGUCCCGCAAAGAGACGGAGCCUGCACGGGGGCGUCUUCGGGCCAGACUUUGACAUCUUCGACGCUGGAUCAAUCUUAGAUGGCCAAGGCGAUACCGAAAUAUCUUACUCCUCAAAUGAUCCAGCACCCCCCAUGGCUAGACAACAUUCUUCACCUAUGCCCGCCCGAACAUCGUCUUUGCGCAAGACUACACUGCAACAGCGACACGAAAAGCCAACAAUCAAGUCUAAGCCUUGCUCUGAGUAUACUCUUGACCCACCUUCGCCGGGUCGUACACCGAACAGGAACAAAUUCAGGAUGUCUGUGGAUAGCGUCUUUCCCUCUAUACCCAGAGAUAGUCCCUUUUCAUCGCAAGGCAGCCUUCCGAACGCUUCGGCGCAUCCUAUAACUCAGCCACCCCUGAGAGGGCCAGAAAUCCAGAGAAUUGCGCAACCCCAGCGACAUCCGCUUUCUCGAACGAUUAGCCAGUCGACCUCUACCUCAAGUAUGGCCGAAGACUCGCCGACUCACAUUCCCGUGCGACAACCUGAGCAGCGGCGGGCUUUUGUUGACUUUUCGAAAUCUCUACCUCUGGGUGCUCAUCGCCCCUCCGGAGAUUCUCAAUCGAACAGCCAGGAUUCUUUAGGGACCACUUUCGCGACUCCAGAGAACUACAAAUUAGUCAAGCCACUUCCGGCAGCUUUCAUGUCUACGGGUCUGAUAUCGAAGCGCCACAAGAAUACUGACUCGCCUCAACAACCUUUAGGCGCAAGUACCAGUACGAUGCCCGAUACUCCUUGCAAGCGCCAUAGCCUAGCAGACAUACCUUCACCGAGCGCUCCGCGAAAUGAUGUAUUCCCAAAAGUGCAUCAGGUCAGACAUUCGUUUGGGACUCCAUCUACUCCAUUCAACCCUAACACCUCUCACACGUCGCCAGCAAACUUUGGGAAAAGUAUUGGAAUAUUUGGAAGCAGUAUGGGCCAUGGUCGUUUGCAACGUAGUGACAGCUUUCUCAGCAUCGAUGGUGACGACAAUUCUCAAUCACCGUCCAGAGGAGUCGACAGUCAAUCCAGUAAUGAGCUAGAUGUUCCCCCAACACCAACAAGGCACUUCGGCAGCUCACACCAGGGUUUUCCUCCGUCAUUUGCAAGGAGCACGUCAAGGCAGCAGGGUGGAAACUCGAGUUUGGGUUCGUCAUUCGGGACGGAUACUCAACGCGUUCGACAAGAUUUAAACAGUAAGUUCCUUCCCCCUAAGGAGCCGGUAGGAAGUGCAGCUGGAGACAGUGACGGCGUGAUGGAGGAAUCACCAUCAGCCAACCUGAGAUUCAGAAGCUUUUCCGCGGUUCCUCGCUCCUUUACCCAUUCCCGUACAUUGCGCAAUGCAAAAUCCCCUACACCGCUCAGUCGAGCGUCUCACACUGCCCCUGCUCUUCUUGCCAGAAGGUCAAUAGCUAAGCGAAGUCCUCUCUCACCAGCGAGCCCUCCGAGCAAUCGAUCAUACCGUUUAUCGCCACGGACACCCAAGGAUAAUAUGGCACCUCCUGACCCAAGCGGCCUGUCUAUCUCACAACAUGGCGAGCAACAUGUCCAAAGCCUCAAUAGUGUCGCUAGCAGUCAUUUCGCUUUUCCGCCCGCCACACCAACAGCUUCUAGAGAUUUUUUCGGGUCCUCGAAGGCUUCCCGCACUAGUGUAACACCUUCUCAUGUCACUGCUCCGGUUGAGGUCGACCCGGUACUUACGUCAAGGUUUGACAAGGCAGAAAUAAUCGGAACAGGAGAAUUCUCUCAGGUAUAUCGGGUGAGCCGCAAGCAGGAUGCCCUGAAUGUUUCGCGUUACUUCGCAGCGCCAGUGAACCAUAGCUCGCCAAAGCCACAUCUACCUGACCAUGUUUGGGCCGUGAAGAAGACACGAAAUCCCUAUAUUGGACCCAAAGAUCGCGAGCGAAAAUUGCGAGAGGUACGAACGCUCAAAGUCCUUGGUCAGUCAGACCAUACGGUCGAGCUUGUCGACAGCUGGGAGCAUAACAAUCGUUUGUAUAUCCAAACCGAGUUCUGCGAAGAGGGUAGUCUAGACAUCUUUUUGAAUCGUGAAGGAUACAAGUCGAGAUUGGAUGAUUUUCGGAUCUGGAAGGUUCUGCUGGAGCUCUCAUUGGGCUUAAAGCAUAUCCACGAGUCCGGCUUUAUCCAUCUCGAUCUGAAACCUGCAAAUGUACUCAUAACGUUCGAAGGAACGCUCAAGAUUGCAGAUUUUGGGAUGGCAGCUCAAUGGCCUGCUCAGCCUGGCAUUGAUGGGGAGGGAGACCGUGAAUAUAUUGGUCCUGAAAUUCUGAGAGGAGAAUAUGAUAAACCGGCUGAUAUAUUCGCUCUUGGUCUAAUCAUGCUCGAGAUUGCGGGAAAUGUGGUACUUCCUGACAACGGAGUCUCCUGGCAACGUCUGAGAUCUGGAGAUAUGAGUGAUGUUCCGAGUCUCACUUGGAGCUCCGAAAGCAGCAAAUUGCGGGACUCUUCAGGCCGACCCCUUGUUCAGGACAGGUCAAUGGAGACAUUCUUCGCAUCAGACUCUGAGGACGAAGAUGUCAAGACUGCUAAACCAAUGCGACACCCAAGAAGUAAAUCUGCUAGGCCAACUCCUCCGCUCCCCCAACGAUUGAGUGAGCUCGCAGAACCACCGCGAUUCAUGGUCGAACCGGGUAAUCCGGAGGCUCUUGACAACAUUGUAAGGUGGAUGAUAUCUCCAGAAACAGAGGAUCGUCCAAUUGUCAGCCGACUUCUCUCGACAGGCAGUAUUCAAUGGACGGACAGCAGGCGGCGAGCUGGGGCUACUAUUUUCGAGGGCAAUUGGGGUCCAGCGGACGAGGUUCUAGCAGACGAUGCGGAGAUGAUUGACGUUUGA